UGUGCAAUGGUGGUAUGUGUUAAUAGCUUUGGAUGUUGCGGGCAGGUUGUAUUUCUGGAACGACGAGUUUUCUGGAUAUGUAAUAUACAGAAUUUGUCGUGUAGGUGGUGUGAACAUAAUAUUAAAUUUCGAAUAUGUGAUGAUUUAGGUCGCUGAUGUACGUGAUAUGCAUACUGUACAGGAGGAACGUGGAAUCAUGUAUACUUCCAAGCAAAAGUUGCGUGGUGGUAACUGAUAUGCGAAAGUCUGUGUGCAAAGGGAUCAGUAGGGAUGAAUAAAGCAUACACAGAAAGAAGGGCAAAGACUGUUCAUUGCAGUGUUGUAAUGUUUUGAAGAGGAGACGAGUUUGAAUACAGCUUGAGAAGGAAACAGUAAAUUGUAAUGAGGUCAGAUAUAUCCGUAUCAAAUCUAGAUGCUUCAAUGGCACGGCCACAGAGCAAGCAUAAAGUAAAGAGAAACAGAUGGACACGUAUUGAGGCAUUGAACAGACGGAAGGAAAAAUCAGUAGAUAGCAUUUGCUCAGGGAUAAAUAGCAAACAUGAACCGCCGGUAGUGCGGCAGGUGGUAACAAAUCUUCAGGAACUGUGUAAAGCUGCCCUAGCUAUAGACAGAGCAAAUGCUGUUAUGAGUGAAGCAGAUGAUUUGGAAGUAAAACAGGAUUUGAAAGAAUGCACACAGCCCUCAGUUGGCAAGGGAAACACAGAAAUGACACAUUCAGAGGUACCUGAUAUUUUGAACCAAAGACAUGAGCUCAGCAGUGACACCCAGUCAUCAAGAAUUUGUGGGAUACAGGAAGUGUCUUCAGAAGUUUUGGAGAGUAAUAAUACAGACAAAACUGAUGGCUUCAUCAAGCUUGAAAUUUGUGAACCUGGAUGUUUGAAAGAAGAGGUGAACAAUAUGAAUGAUAUGAAUAAUCCUAAAAAUGUUGAUUUAGAUAAAAUUAUUAAAAAGGAACAUGAGUUAGAUGUUACAGGGGAACACCCAUGCAUUCAUAACAUAGUUAAUGAAACUAUCAGUUGCAAAGCUGAGGCGUUGGAUCAGAUGGCAGAUAUUUGUCCCUUGGUGGGGCAGACAUCUGCAAAUGGAAUGGAUACUGGUUUUGUAGCAUAUCAUGAAGGCACUACCCCGUGUGCCACAACAGGUAAUCUUACCAUUGUAGAGAAACAAGAAGUCUUACCUAAUCAGGUCUGUGGUAAUGAAAUCUUCUCAAACACUUUAAAUGAUGUUGUUUUGCAUGAUUUAUCAAGGUCUGAUUAUCGGUGUUGUAAUGUACAUGACAGUGUUUAUUCAGGGCCCAUGAAGCUAGAAAAUCAGCCUGAAAAUUAUCUUGUUGCAGCUACAAAUGAGGGUUUGCUUGACAGAAUUGGUUUCAGUGGCAUCGGUUACUCAACAGACGAAGACGGAGGUAACUUUCCUGGGGAGAUUCAGAAACUUUCUGGUCCUCAGUUUUGGAUGGGUAAAAGAAAACGUGUUGCAGACAGUUUAAUGUCCUUAUCAACAGAAGAGUCAUUAGAUAGUUUGGUGUCUAAUGGUACAAGUGUAGGAGAAUCACUACCAGGUUUGAAAAAUUAUAAUUUAAAAGAUGAGAUUUCAUAUAGCACUAGAAAUUGUGGUAUGAUGUUAGUGGGUGAUACAGACAAACUGUGUUAUCAGGAAGUAUUUGACGACUCAAUGUCGACCAGAAGUUCACCGGAUUCAAGAUAUGCUCCGUCAUUAGUGUCUGGCACAAACCCUUACAGGUGCGUUAACCGCGCGCAGUCAUGGUCUCCUACAUUGCUCUCAGUCAGUGGUAGUGGAGCAGUUAAUAGUUACAUGAAGCCAGGUGCACAUACUCCACUCCAGUAUGAGAUCAAGGCAAGUGAUACUUUGUCUGGGCUUCUCUGUCAAGAUGUUCAUGUACUUCAGUCUGCUGUACCAACUUCGUACACAUCCAUCUCAGUCAGUCCUGCACCAGUGGUGGCUCGGGAGGAAACAGAACCAGGAACUGAAAGUCUGAAGUCCGAUGAAGAAGAACUGUUUAGGAGAAUUGAAGAAUCUUUAGCAGAAAGAGAAACUUUGAAGUAUCAAGAAGAAGAACUUUUGAAGAGAAUUGAAAGAUCUUUAACAGAAACACAGUCAUUAAAGUGCCGUGAAGAACAUUUGCUGAAUAAGAUUGAAAGAUCUUUAACAAAAGCUAAAUCACUGAAAUCUCAAGAGGAAGAACUUAUAAGAAGAAUUGAGGUCUCUUUAGGACAAAGAGAAACAGCGAAGUCACAAGAUGAAGACCUGUUAAUUGGAAUGGAAAAAUCAUUGCAAGACAAGCAGUACAAUAUGGUACUUGAAGAUUCCAUAAAGAGUAUGGAAUUUGAGUCAGAAAGCAACCCAGACUUGGAUAACUCGUUACCGCUUAAGAAACGAAAGAAAUGGCUAAAGGCUGUGACCAGUGAUGAGAACAGGGGGUUGCAAGCAAGGAGCGUUCCGCUAGAAAGCUUUCCAUCCUUUCCAUUAUGGCCGAUGAUUAGUAUUGCAGAACUAGAAGCAGUUGGCAAGUUACAACAUCGUGUAACUUUCCCAUCAUUUCCGUCUCGGCCAAUGAUCAGCAUUGCUGAAUUAGAGUCUCGUACAGCAUUCGGCAAAUUACAGCAUCAUGAGUUUGAGUCGUCUACAGUGUCACCUUGGAUACCAAGUUAUUCUCGUUACUGCGAGGAAAAUAAUUUUUGUGAUGAGUCAUUCUGUUCUAGAGAUGUUAGGGUAGGAAGAAUGUGUGACGAAUUUUUUGAACAAAACGUUCCAGCAGUGGAGAAUGUGACAGCAUUUCCUGUGUGUAAGGUUGAGGACUCUUUGGAGGGACAUAGCUGUAGUGAAAUGAGGAGUCCUUGUGCUCUGUCGCAACUGAGGGACUCUGAUGUAUCUUACGACAAAGUCUUCAGAAGAGGGGAGCCAUCGUCAGCAGAAACUUCAUCGUCUGUGUGCGGUGAUGCAGCUGAAGAUUCCAAAGCUGAUAUAAAGUUGUUUUUUACACCUGCCACUGAUUAUUUAAGCAGCGAGGUAGACGAUUUUAAACACGUUAUACAAUCAUGUGAGGGAACUAAGCUUCCUUCAGCAGAUCCACGCGUGGUAAAUACUGAUUCCACGGAUAGUAGAAGGUGUGAAGUGACUGCAACAGGUUCAGGAUGUAUGAAAACUAUUGAAGUGCUUCAGAGAAUUGUACCGGCAGGUAGUGUAACAGGUAUGGAUUCCAAGAAUUGUACAGAACUUGAUGAAAAGUUUGAAACGUGUCUGGAAUCAAAAUAUAUUAAAAUAGAAAAAGAUUCCAAAGAUAGGAUAGAAAAUUGUGCAUUAAAUUAUCCACCUUUGCCUGAUGUGAAGUACAAAGCCGAAAUGAAUGCUGAAGCAUCCCUGUCAGGAUUUAGAAAUGUAAAUGUGAGCUGUAAUGGCAGUGUAGAAAUGUUACGUAGCAGAGUUAAUUUUGUAGAUGAUUCAGGUCAGGAUCUCAAGAGUAGUGUAGAACUGCAGGGGAGAAAUGAGGGAAAUUUGACAUUCAAAGCAAUAGGAGCAGAGACCAAAGAUAAUGUGGAUUGGUGUAAGAAAACUGAUGUACCAUUGAAAGAAUCAAAGUGUAUGGUUGAUGUGGAAUCCAGAGAUAAAGAUAGAUUAUGAUGAGUGAAGAAUCAUAUAAAGAAUAAUUAUGAAUGUAGUAAGUGUAUGAUGCUGGAAAAUUCUUAACAUUGGAAAAUACUCCAUAUAGCUUGAGAAUACAAUCAUUUUAAUAAUUGUUAACCAUUUAAGGACCAAGCCUGAACACACUUGUUUGCAGUGUGUUCUCUUCUUUUCUUCCCACCAGCAUUGAGUAUGAUCAUGUUAUAUGUUCUUUGAAUGUUUGAAUUUUCACACAUGUUCACAGAAAGUAAGUUUAAGAGGUAGGAAACUUUCUUAUUUUCCAGUCAAAAUUAACAGAGUAACAUGAAAAUAGAAAAACCUUAAAUACUGACAAAAGGAAUGUUGUCUAGGGGGUGUGGUAUUGCUAGGAAAAUGUGGGGAUGAAUGGGUUAAUGGCUAUGAAGCUGUCUGGGAUGUGGUGCUGUAUGGUCUGGCAAAUCUUUUCCUGCUACCUUCAUCUUUAGUGUAAAAUAUUCUGCCACCCUGAAGAUGGAGGCACAGAGUUUGUUAGGAGCAUGAUAAUCUACCAUAGUAUGUGACAUCAUGUCCCCAAAAAAGAUAAUUGUCAUAGUCACCGUUUGGGGCAACAUGAAAUAUCACAGGUUAAUUAAUGUAUUGCACUUUCAGGUGCAUAACAGCAUCUGCUCCCUUUUCACAGAUCAAAAUAUUAUUACACUUGGUUAUCAUUAGAAAUUGGUUUGUUUCUUUCUUCAUUUUAUUAUUUUGACAUUAUAUUUACCUUUUAAACUGUAUAUAUUUUGAGUAAAAACUUUUUAUUUCUGUUUACGUAUCUUCUGUUGUGACAUAAAAGUAUGUGUGUUGUUAGUCAGGUGUUAACCACUGGAAGUUGCAUAAUAUUUAUUCCUGGAAAUUUCCUUUACUACUUGUACAUCACUGAAUACAGUGUUGCACAAAAUAACUGUAUACACAUAAAUUCCAUAAGUUCAUGUGGCAAUAUUGUGACUUAAUAUUCACAUAGCCAUUUUAGGUAGAUUUUCUUAUGGGUAGUAACACCAGGUACAUUCUUAUGAUUGAUUACCAGCUUUCUUUGAGGACUGCUAAAGAUACUUUUACCCAGAAGAUGGAGAUAUCUGUCUCCAAAAUGCUGGUAACAAUCUCUGAAACUGCAGGGUCUUAUAAUCCAAAAGACCACAAUUUCAACUUUCACCACUGUGGAAACCUGAAACCUUAUGAGAUAAUGUGUUACGUAAAUGUUGCAUUUUAAAGAAAGCAUAACAUAUUCUUCUGCUGUCUGUAUUCUGUACUUAGUCGUGUGACGUUCUCUGAACAAAUCUUUAACUACGUGCUAGACCAGACCUUAUUUUUUUAACACUUCAUAAAACCAUAAAAAAAUAAGGCUGUCCCUGUAACAGGCAGUGAAGGCCCCAUGUGUGAGACA